AAAUUAGGCUAAUUUAUACUAUAACUGUUCUUACAUGGCAAAUAUGAGUGCAAGCUUUGCAGUAAAAUACUGUCUUUAACCUGCAAGUGACAUCAUUUCCGGAUUACAGGCUGUUUGUUUUAAGAUUUGCCGAUUUUAGCCGAUUAUUCCCGAGUGACAGUUUAAACGCUGUACCAAGAUGGCCGAAUACACCCGAGCGUUUUGAAUACUCGCCGUCCGAUGUUAACCGAGAGUACCCGAAGCCGCAUCGGCGAAAGUUCGCGAAGAUUCCGGAAUAUUCCGAGUUUUACCGGAAACCUGUCAAUGAGUGCCCGAGCCGGUUCACAGUAGUAGCGCAGUGUCGCUCCGCGUGCUUAUCUGGACCUCAUUCAGAACAAUUAUACGUACUUUCUGUUUAGCUCGGGAUUGUUGUUUUAGUGGAUUUGUCAUGUCUUUGCUCUGUUAUAACAAAGGCUGUGGGCAGCGUUUUGACCAGGACAAUAAUCCGGAAGAUGCGUGCACUUACCAUCCUGGGGUUCCUGUUUUCCAUGAUGCCCUGAAAGGCUGGUCAUGUUGCAAGACACGCACUACGGACUUCUCCGAUUUCCUGAGCAUUGCUGGCUGCACUAAAGGUCACCAUAACAAGGAGAAACCGCCCGGGCCGGUAAAGCCUGAGGUGAAGAGUUCAGGAGGGAAGAAAGAGCUGGAGGAUCUGAAACCACGGUUUGACAAAUACGUCAUUCAGGCUCCUAAACCUGUGGAGUUCAUUCAGAGACCCAGUGCUGAUGAACCACUGGUGGACCUGCAGCAGAAAGUGUCUCCGUCCCUGAAACAAGCACUCGAAAACCUCAGACUAGCAGAAACCAAACAGAUUUCAGAGAACGAGAAUGAGGGGAAUGAGGUGAAAUUCGGAACAGCAUGUAAAAAUGGAGGUUGCACUAAGACAUUCUCUGGACCAGCAAGUGAUGAGGACAUGUGUUUGUUUCACCCAGGAGUUCCCAUCUUCCAUGAGGGGAUGAAAUACUGGAGCUGCUGUCAGAGGAAAACUUCAGAUUUCAACAUAUUUCUUUCACAGGAGGGAUGCAGUACAGGAGCUCAUGCAUGGAAGAAAGCUGACGGAAGGAAGCUGGUACCGUGUCGGUUUGACUGGCAUCAGACUGCUAGUCAUGUGACCGUCUCCAUCUAUGCCAGACAUUCCAUCCCUGAGCUGUGUUCAGUACAGGCCAACAGCACCAUGGUGUGUAUCAGAGUGAUCUUUGAGGGUGAGAAGAAGUUUGAAGAGAAUAUCAGUCUCUGGGGGGUCAUUGAUGUCAGCAAGAGUGUCAUGAACAUGAUGGCUGCCAAAAUUGAGAUCAUCAUGAAGAAGGCGGAGCCGAUGUCGUGGGCACGGCUCGACCUGCUGCCGCCCGCACCUACGGCAACCGAUGGGAAGAAAGAUAAAGGAGAACGUGUAGAGGAAAGAGAUUGAGAGUGUACCGACUGUUAGGGAGUUAACUCAGAACAACACACAUUGUAUUUCUGUACUGUAGCACACACACACACACACACACACACAAACCUCAGCCAAAUAAAUGUACACUGUUUAGGGCAUAUAGCACAGAUUGCACCAAACCUUAAGACCUCAACACACACACACACACACACACACACAUUGCCUGCUUCCAUUUCAUUCCUCCACAACAUGUCCUUUGUCUUUCUUGUUACAAAGUGUCUGUGGUAUCCAAGUCUCUCAGUAAUGUGCGCAUGUGCAUACACACACACCCACUCUCCCCACUUUGUGCCUUUAAUCGUAUGACACUUGGCUUCGGCUGGGUCUCAUUUCUUAGUCGUGUCUGGUUUAAUCUCAGAUAAAAGUGAAAACUGUCCCGAAUGAAUGUUUGUAUUGUAAUUAGACAAGAUGGCUUUUGAAUAUCCAUAUUCACAGAAGCAUGAUGGGUAAUAUAACGAGUUGUGAAUUGUAACGACGUCUAAAAAGCUCUGUUUCUGGACCCUGUUGCAUUUCCACAUGCCCUCACCGACUCUCCCUCGUGCACUCUGCCUCACUGAACUUCUUUAGGAUGCCAUUUUGAAGCUGAUUCCUUAACCAUCUUGAUCGAAGUCUCUUUAGACGAAAGCUUUAAGGUAUGAACAACACUGGUGCACAUCUGUUUACUAUUUUAGGAGCUUUUCUAUUUCAAAUCUUUGUCAAAAAUAAAGUGUAGACAAAGUAUUGUCAGGAAAUCCCAGCAGACACUGCACUCAAUGAUGCACCCUUGAUGGUAGUGGACACAAAUGAUGGACAGAGCGAGGGAAUUUGAGAUGAUAGCAGACAGAGUACAUAGGGAUUCAUUUCAAUGUGUAGUACGCCAUCAGGGACACAGCUUUUGAUGUAAACAGUGAUUUUAAUUUAGUCACAUAUAAGAAUCAGCCACGUCUCAGUAUGUAAGAGGUUUCAGUGCGCAUGAAGCAUUCCUGAAUUCCAGAAAUGCCAAAUAGGACACAAUCCCCCUGAAUGAACCGUCACAAAGAAGCAGCAUGAUAACGAGUUUCAUAAACUUGUGUAGUCUUUUCCUAUAGCUGUUUAUGUGAAAUGUUUCCUCCCUCAUGUACCACAACAAUUUUCUCAAUUCCUUUGUAUUUCUUUCUUUUCUCAGUAAUCUAUCUAUCAAUAUCAUUUUAUUGUAUAAUUCCUGUUGGAGUACAUCUGUGAGACACCUUAGAUCAUUUUACACACUUCUGUCCUAAAGACUCAUUCCAUAAAUGUUAAAUAAAUG